AUGUAUUUCUCUCUCCUUGCCGCGGCGGGGCUGCUCGUGGUCGCCCGGUGUAUACGCUGCGCGGCCGACGUCGUCGAGGAGAAGCUGACCGUCCAGCCGCUGCACGAUGGCUCCUUCCUGCUCGCACUCGACGUCUCGGUCACCACGGGGCGCUUCGUGCCGUUUCCCGAGCUCAUGGCGUACCCGGGUGUGUUGAUGGACGUGAUGGCGCCGGACUUCCCCAAGCUUUUCGUCAAAAGCCGCGCCAGCCACGUCGAGUUCACGCACCACCUCGGCGACUGGCACUCGACCUGGGGGUGUUCCCAGUUCCCGGUCUUCAACACCGGAGAGACGCUCUGGGCGACGUGGCCGCACACCUAUUCGGAGGUGGAGGUGUACGACUUCUUCGAGACCCUGGCGAUGGGACUCUGGGGAAUCACAGGCGCCCAGCUGCACCUAUUGACCUCGAGGCAGUCGUUCAUUUUCGACAUGAACCGCGUCGUCACGCUGGAGGAGCCGGUAAGUUCGAAGCCGAAGGCCAAGAGCCUGCUUUCGUCGUUCGCUGACGACGUCUUUUGCGUGGACAACCUGUACAAGUGGCGCACCGCGCUGCCGUCGUUGGGGCAGGACGGGCUGCUGUCGCUGGUGAACGACGAGCGCGUGUGGUCGCGGUCGCCGUACAAGGGGGUGCGGAUGCGCAUGUUCAAGCAAAAGGGGCAACUGACCGUGGCGGUGCAGUUUCAGCUGGUUAUCCGCCACAAGCCGCUCACUAAAGCUUUGUGGAGCAUUUAUAAAGGCGCUACUGCCCCUCGCAAGUUGCUGGAUGCCACCGCAAGCGCUGUAGAGAUAUUGCUGCCGGAGCCGUUGCGAGGUGGCUUCGGAGGCGCCGACCGGCUUGUGUUUGACUACCUUGACGACGCGCAGCGCGCCUCUAUAGACGAGGCAUUUGCGAAACUCGCGGCGGCGACACAAAGAGGUUUCAAACAUUCUUGCCUGCCGCCGUUGAGCUUCAAGGUGUACGAGCUGGAGAGCACCACGCUCAACGUCCAGCGGCGCGUGCAGUCGUCGUUGUCGAUCAUCAUCGAGAACAACCAGAGCGACGCCAAGUACAUUAAGUUCAUGCAGCCGCUGCCCUACUGGCUGGUGCCUCAGAUAUCCAGUCUCACGUUCGAGGUCUCGAGGCAGCCGGGGGAGUCAGGCGACCCCGGGGCGGUGCACUUCUCCUGCAAUGGCGGCGCAUGCUUCAAGCGCACGGUGUCCCGAAAGCACCUGCUGGAGGGAUACGCGCUCAUGAAAAGCCAAACCGAAUCUUUACGCGAAAUGCAACCACGCUGGAUUAUGGAGGUGGGCAUGACGCGUAACAGGGAUGGGCAGAUCUCUGUGGACCUUUCUGGAGAGUACGGAGCUGACCUCGUAGGUAACUUGGAUGAGGCAUUGUUCGUAUUCGAUCGCUCCGAAUACUGGACGGAGUUCGGGUUUUCAAUCCUACUACCGGCCGAGUCGCGGAUCACCUGCCGGGUCGACCUGCAGAAGAACCAGAUGCGCUUCUCGGAAAUCGACUACUCGAUGCACAGGGGGCAAUUGAUACACUCGGCCGUGAUAUUGGAAACUCAAGAACCCGUAGUGGAAGACAUAUCGCAACCAGGCGUACAGCUGCACUACCCAGGAGCGUUCUUCUCCCACGUGGUGCUGCCGGACAACACGAUGUCAUUCAACGUCAUGGGCGGUGUAGGCGUCAUCAUAGGCCUGCUGUUCAGCUUGGUGUUCCACCUGGGCACCAGCCGGCCACCCCGGGAGACCAGGGUGACGCAGUCGAAGAAAACGGAUUAG